AUGGCGCCAACGCCUGUUGACCCUGCUGCUGCCGUCAAGCUUUGGCUAAAGGCUGCAAACUCUGGGGAAGCUAGCGACAAGUGGGGCCGUGUCCAGCGAGCUUCUUGGAUGGUUUCUUGGCUUUGGAUAGGGAGGUUGAAACAAAGUUAUAGUAGUUUUGUGCUUGGCCUCGGAUCCAAGGCAGCCCUGGCUGCCUACAUGACUUAUCGAGCCGGUUGUCGAAUUCCACCCCUAGGGAAGGAUCCUGACAACGUGAUGCUGCAGAUCUUGCACACCGACAACCCUUUUUUGAGACUGGAAGGGGCCCCUUUUACCUUUCUAGACAGCUGUAGAGGCAGCUUCUUGCAUUCAUUGAUGAAGCACAGAGGUGACAAGGUGACGGACUAUUUGGUGAAGAUCUUGGCGACGCCACAUGUGCAACGACUUGAGAGACAACGAAAGGCUUACAUGCCUUCCAGAGUGAUUUCCAAGCAUGGCAAGAAGUUGCGACCAAACCGUGAUCUGGGGCAGUUGCGCCUCGCAGGGGCAUUGAGUCUCUGUGGGCAAUUUUUGGAUGGCACGCUAGAUGCCAUUUUUGUGAAUGACAGCAAGAAAUCAUGGCUUGUGGAUCCAGAUUUGCUUCUUGUCAAGGCCGAGCUAACCAGCCACAUUUGUGUUGUGAAUGCUUGCAAAUGCAUCCACGUUCUUAAGCAACUGGAAAGCAAAGGAGGUGCCUACGGUUGCCCCCAGAAUCGCGGCUGCUCUUGGUUGAAGCAAGCUAGGAGCGCAGUCUUGCGCAAGGGAUGUGCUUCCAUGGUAAAAUACGGGCUCAGUAACGAAGAGGCGGUGCUCGCUCAGCCACAGUCAGAGGAAAUGCACUUGGUCUACUCAGGGGGAUGCAUUGCGCGCGCUGGCCGCAUGCGAAGGAUCCCUUUGGGUGCUCGCAAAACCGAAACAGCGGCAGUUCGCUUCCCAACACAACGGGUCCUCGGCUCUGCGGCUUCUGCGGCUCCUCCGGAGGACUGGACAGAUCGCUUUGGGGACAAUGCAGUGCCACUCUUUUGGCAAGAGUCCAAGCCCAUCAGCUUUUUCAAUGCAAUCCUUGACGAGUACAAGGUGACCGCAGUUUUCGAUGUGACAGCCGGCUCCGGCGCAUUCAUGGAAGCCAGCCUCACCAGAGGCGUUGUCUACCACGGCCUGUGCUUGAACAAGGAACACCAGCACUGGCUCCAGGCCAUUGCGGACAGAGCCGCCUGCGGGCUAAUUACCUUGGAGGGAUCAACUCUUUUCAAUGAAGCUUUGGCAGGAGACGUGAAGAAGUUUUUCCCAGAUGUCCUGGAAAACUUGGCUCCCAAGGACAACCCUGAAGAAGCCCCAAUGGAACCAGACAGCCCCGGUGAGUGA